AUGGCGACCCUGCCCGGCGCACUCCCAUCACCUCCCACCUCGUCCCUAUCCUCCUCAGCGACACCAGGUCCGCCUCGACUCGUCAACCUGUACCACGUGCGGACAGUCGCGACAUCAAAGUCCUGCUGGAUCUGUCACCGGGAAACGACGUGCUGUUUGGCGACAGAGGGCGUGACGGACUUUAUCUACGCAUGCAAGAGCCAUUUGUUGGAUCCAGGGUUCGCCAAACCCGCUCCUUCGACCUCGACUCCCUCCGCCUCCCCGUCCGGCUCUCCCGCACCUUCCCCAGUCCCGCAAUCCGAAAUCGACAAAGUCAAGCAAGAAUACGAGGAGAAGCAGAAACGAAAAGCUGAGGCGGAAAAGGGCGACAGGGACAAGGACGCCGAAUCUUCCUCUUCAACGACAGCCGGUGCCGCAGCCAGUACCGCCUUCUCGCUCUUCCGUACCGGCGCAUCAGCUCUCUCUUCCCUCUCUUCCACCGCCUCUUCGACCCUCUUCCCAGCACCUCCACCAACCCCUCCCUCCCUCGCCGAGACUCAACGAGCCGCCGCCGCUUCCGCAAAGACGCUUGUGUUGCAGCGGGACUUCUUCAGGAUGAGGCAGGAGCAGAAGAGGCGCGAGUGGGAGAAGAAGGAUGCGGAGAAGAGAGGCAAGGAGUGGAGUUUCCCCAAGGCCCCGUCGGGUGGGUUGCCUAGUCUGCCGUGA